GUAACGAUAACAGCUAAUUACUUAUUGUAAACAAAGUGCAGCUAAGUGGACAAGUUUUUAUUUAUUUGUUUUACAUUAAAACACAACAAUGACGACUGAGUCGGACAAAGUUAGUAUGAAGUUUAGAGAAUUAAGUUUGAAACGUAGUUCUAUUAAAGGUCAAAUAACAAAGUUUAAAAACUACUUAUCAUCUUUAGAAUCGGUGCAACUGUCUAGUAUACAAAUAGUCGAGUUAUCGUUAAAGUUAAGUAAGUUUGAAGGUUUGUCUAGCAAGUUCGAUGAUCUUCAAACUGAAAUUGAAGUUUUAAAUCAUAAAAAUUUAGAUUCAGAGAUCGAUGAGCGUGAUAGCAUUGAGCAAGACAUUAUUUCAUGUAUAGCCACGGCAAAGAAUGUUAUUGAAGACGCAAAUAAUCAAGCUGAAGCGCGACGAAAGUCUUCAGACUUCUCAUGCCAUCACCCUCAUAACCAUAACCCUGAGCCAGCUGGUUUUAAGUUACCACGUAUUGAGAUUUCUAAGUUUAACGGAGCAUAUUUUCGCUGGCUUGAAUUUCGAGACACUUUUCAGGCGUUAGUGCAUAAUAAUGAACGUAUUUCCGAUAUUCAUAAAUUUCAUUAUUUGAUUUCAUAUCUGGAAGGAGAUGCGGCUCGUAUCAUUUCGAACCUUGAAGUUUCAUCAUCAAAUUAUAAAGAGGCCUGGUCAUUAUUAUGUGCGCGGUAUGACAACAAGAGGUUACUCAUUAAUUAUCAUUUGUCUGAAUUAAUUAACAUGAAACCGAUCACCAAUGAAUCCGAAAGAUCAUUACGAUUUUUAGCGGACCACGUAACAAAGAACUUACGAGCACUUGCUAACCUGGGUCGACCCACUGAUAAGUGGGAUGAUAUCAUCAUAUUCUUGAUGACAUCCAAGUUAGAUAGUCAUAGUUUAAUGAAGUGGGAAGAGCUACAAAAUACAUUUGAUUCUGCCGAUGAUCUGCCAACUUUAAUUCAAUUCCAUAAAUUCUUGACGGACCGUGCUGGUGUAUUGGAAGCAAUUAACCGAGGUAAAACCGACGGUACCAACAGAGUGCCUAGAGAGAUAUCGCGUCCUAGCCAGAGUUCUCAAAAUCAAUCUCAUUCAAAUAAUAAGCAACAAAAUAAUAACUUCAUUAACAAAAACAAUAAGUCAUACGUUAAAUCUUUUAUUAGUAAACAACAGAGUCAAAAUAGAAUUAAUUGCGUCGUUUGUAAUGAGUCACACAAAUUGUAUUCAUGUCCUACAUUUAAAAACAAAAGUGUUAGUGAAAGAUUGGCUGAUGUUCAGAAAUAUAAUCUGUGUCAUAAUUGUUUGAGAGAGGGCCAUCAAGCAGCAGACUGCACAUUGGGGCCUUGUGUUUUUAAAGAAUGUAAUGAGCGACAUAAUUCUCUUCUGCAUCAAUCGCGUGCAGUUCUAUCGACGAACUCCGCUGAAGUUCUUUCAUCAUUUUCAGAGCCAUACACAGAUCAUGUAUUUCUGUCCACUGUCGUCAUCGAAGUGUCAAACCCGCUGACCAGCGUCACAGAGAAGGUACGCGCUCUCUUGGACUGCGGCAGUCAAUCUUCACUCAUCACUAAAGCCCUGAAACAGAAAUUACAGUUAGAUACAAAUCAAACAAAUGAAAUAAACAUUAUAGGUAUAGGCAAUAACUUAUGUCAUAAGGUUACAGAAUCAUGUAAAAUCACACUUAAUUCAAUGAACAAGCCAUAUAGUGUUACCUUGACCUGUUUAGUGCUUGAUGAGCUAACAGGAGAGCUACCUAGGGCUCCUAUUAACAUUAAAAAUUUUACAUUACCUGACUAUAUCAAGUUGGCCGACCCUAGCUUUAACGUACCAGCAAAGGCAGACGUUAUUCUCGGGGCGGAUAUAUUUUGGGAUGUUGUAGGUUCGGAACAAUACUCCCUGGGUCCCAAGAACCCAAAAUUAAUAAGCUCAAAAUUUGGCUGGCUUGUAGCUGGUCCCAUGUUUUCAAGCUAUUCUAAAUACAUUCAAUGUAACCUUUCCAGUAGUUCAAAGGGGUCAUACAAAUCUGACUCAAUUGCAAAUAUUGAUCAGAAUUUGACUAAAUUUUGGGAAGUCGAAGAACUUCCCCAAAAAACUAGCCUUUCCCCAAUUGAAAGGUUGUGUGAAGAACACUUCAUAGCAAAUACCACACGCUUAAGUUCAGGUAGGUUUUGCGUUAAGUUACCGUUGCUUGACGAUCCCAAUACUCUCGGUGAUUCAUAUGACUUGGCUAAAAUACGGUUACUGAACUUGGAAAAACGAUUUCGUAAAAAUCCAGAACUCAAGACACAAUACACAGAAUUUAUUAAUGAAUAUGCUAAAUUAGGCCAUUUAUCAGAAUCACAUAUUGCAAAGCCUAAACCAAGUUAUUUCUUGUGUCAUCACGCAGUGUUUAAGGAAGAAAGUGAGUCUACCAAAAUUCGAGUAGUGUUUGACGGUUCCGCCCCCACUUCCUCUGGCCGCUCACUUAAUGAUAUGCUAAUGGUAGGCCCUAAUAAGCAAAAUUCUCUUUUCUCCAUUCUGAUCAGGGCGAGACAAUACAAGUUUCUGCUCACGGGCGAUGUUGAAAAGAUGUUCCGCCAAGUGAUGUGUCACCCUGAUGAUCAAAAUCUACAACUGAUCUUAUGGAGAGAGGAUGAGUCGCAGCCAAUUAAAACCCUUAAAUUGAAUACCGUCACUUACGGUACAGCAAGUGCGAGUUAUUUAAGUACACGGUGCUUGUGGCAAGUCGGAGAGGAAUGUGGGGACAAAUUCAUCAAAUCUAUAAUACAAAACGACUUUUAUGUGGAUGACCUCAUCACCGGAUCUAAUAAUGAAGAGGAGCUGCACCACAUAAAAGAGUCAGUAUCAAAGGCAUUAAGUUCAGCAUGUUUUCCUUUGCGGAAAUAUAAAAGCAACUUGACAAGCAUUUUGCAUGAUAGCACUCACAUUCAGCAGGAUAAAUUAAUUAUAAGUGAAUCGUCGAGUACCCUCGGAUUAGGAUGGAAUCCUUCUACUGAUAACCUACACUUUCAAACAAAACCCUUGACAGUUAGUGGUAAAUUAACAAAGCGAAUUAUAAUGUCAAAUUCGUUAAAAAUAUUUGAUCCGCUAGGAUUAUUAAGUCCAUCGAUAAUAAUACCUAAAAUUAUGCUGCAAAAACUGUGGCUUCUUAAAUUAGAUUGGGACGAUCCUGUUCCCCAAGACAUACAAGAAUCUUGGGACGUCUUCGUAAAUAAUUUACAUUAUCUAGCCACCUUACAAGUUCCUAGAUACGUUAAUUGCGACAACGCAAAAUUUAUUGAAAUACACGCAUUCAGUGAUGCAUCACAAUGCGCCUACGGUGCUUGUGUUUACGUCAAAACUGUAAACCAAAAUAAUGAGGUUAGCAUUAAAUUGUUAUGUGCAAAAUCCAAGGUUGCACCUUUGAAACCGGUAACGAUUCCUCGUUUGGAACUCUGCGCUGCGUUGCUCGCUGCUAGAUUGACUAGGGCAGUUUGUAGUGCUAUAAGACAUCAAUAUUCUCGCGUAGUCCAUUGGUGUGACAGCAGCGUAGUCCUUGCCUGGAUUCACAGUGUACCUAGAAAUUUAAAAACAUUUGUAGCAAAUCGUAUAGGAGAAAUCACAGAAAUUACACAGCCAUCAUCAUGGAGAUACGUACCCACUUCAGAGAAUCCAGCUGAUCAUAUUUCAAGGGGUGUUAAUCCAAGUCAGCUGGGAACGUUAAGCUUAUGGUGGGAUGGUCCAAGUUUUUUGUAUCAAGAUGAAUCAGGCUGGCCUUCAUUAAAUUUAAAUAUGGCAAAUAAAGAAAACUUACCUGAAGUGAAGAUUAAUUUACACACUACUGUUGAGCAGUUAAUUAACUUUGAAAAUUAUUCAUCAUUUACUAAACUUCAACGCGUAAUAGCAUUUGUCAAAAGAUUUAUUAAUAACUCUAAGAACCCACAUGUAAAACGUACGGGCUUUUUAACAAAGGAAGAAUUAAAUCAGUCUUUCCAUAGUCUCUGUUUUAUAGCUCAACAACAAACAUUUUCAGUAGAGUACAAACUUUUAAAACAAAACAAAUCAUUAAGCGCUAAGUCCAAAAUUUUACCGUUAUCACCAUUUAUUGAUGACAAUGAUUUGAUUAGGGUUGGUGGCAGAAUUCAAGCUUCUGAUUUUCCAUAUGAUAGGAAGCAUCAAAUACUUCUUGACUCUUCUCACCAUUUAACCAAGUUAUUCUUUCGGAAAGAACAUGUGCGUCAGAUGCACGCUGGGCCACAACUUUUACUAGCUACCGUUCGAGAUACCAUUUGGCCUAUCAACGGUCGUCAUCUGGCUCGCCGCACAGUACACAACUGUACAACAUGUAGAAGAGUGCAAGGAAAGACCCUGCAACCUAAAAUGGGGAAUCUUCCUGCACAGCGUAUUACCGUGAACUUUCCCUUUGUUUCAGUAGGGGUAGAUUUCGCUGGCCCGUUCUUUAUCGUUAACCGAAGAGGACGAGGAGCGAGACUGACAAAAUCUUACUUGUGCUUAUUCAUUUGCAUGCGCUACAAGUGCAUACAUUUAGAGGCAGUAGGUGGCCUAUCCAAGGAUGACUUUUUAAUGACCUUAAAACGAUUUAUCGCACGACGAGGCAAGCCAGCGGAAAUAUUCUCCGAUAACGGUCGUAAUUUUGUCGCAGCUGAUAAGGAGUUAGGAUCAUUUUUAAAAAUAAAUAACCACUUGUUUUCCGACUUCGCUGCACAAGAGGGUAUAAAAUUUAAUUUCAUCCCUGCUUACUCCCCUCAUUUCGGCGGCAUUUGGGAAUCAGGCAUCAAAUCCGCAAAACACCACGUCAAACGCGUUAUAGGCAAUCUUCACCUGACCUUUGAAGAAUUGCAGACAUUAUUUGCGCAAGUGGAGGCAAUAUUAAAUAGCCGACCCUUAUGUCCCAUGACUUCAAAUCCCAAUGACUUCCUUCCCCUCUCUCCUGGACACUUUCUCAUAGGGAGAGCGCUAACUACGUUUCCGUAUCCACAAAUAGAAGAGGUGGACCCCAACAAGCUGAAGCGGUUUCAGAGAUUAGAACAAAUUAGACAGCACUUUUGGCGGCGUUGGCAAAAUGAAUACAUAAAUGAAUUACAGAGAAGACAGAAAUGGUUAAAGGAUACGCCACAACUCAAAGUGGACGACUUAGUCCUGAUCAAGGAAGAAAACUUGCCACCGCUGUGUUGGAGACUAGGAAGAGUCACGAAAUUGUUUCCGGGUCCCGAUGGGGUAAUACGAGUGGCAGAUGUGAGGACUUCAACCAACUGCCUUCGACGAGCUUUGGUACGCUUGUGUCCCCUUCCUGGUCCAGAAGAAGAGAUCUCUAUUGAAAGAGAAGCCUUUCAAAGGGGGGAGCAUGGCGCGGCCUGAAGCGCCAAUACAUUUUUUCAUAGCAACGCGCAUCUCAACGGGUCACGGUUCAUCGUUCUAGGCGUCAAGAAAUGACGUACAUUUUUUAUGGAGAUACCUACGUUACAAAUUAUUUUUUAUUAUAUUCAUUCACCGUCACUUUUAUGCUGUUCACAUCAGAUCCAUGUAUUUUCAAGUUUUUGCAAGUAUACACACGUAAAAUCAA